AUGGACACGAACUCACAUUUUAUAUGCUCGAAGUUGCACGAACUCGGUGUUCAAGUAAAGAAGAUCUCAGCCAUCGGUGAUAGCGUUGAUGACAUCAGCGAUGAAAUACGCCAGUUUAGUUGCCGUUACGACUACGUGUUCACUACGGGAGGUGUGGGGCCAACACAUGAUGACAAGACGUACCUAGUUCGACUAAGUAAUGUUAUCUCUUUGCCUGGUGUACCGAGGUUCUGCGAGCGCGCCUUUUUGGAGCUGAAGGAACAACUCUUUCCUUCAUCACAAGUGAAACCAUUGUAUUCAAAAACGCUGUACACGUCAAGGGAUGAGCGAACAUUUGCUGAGAAAUUAGCUAGUUUAGCCUCUAAGUACGAAGAUAUUGUCGAAAUUGGAUCGUAUCCAGUUAUGAAGAACAGGUAAAU